CGCGCCAGGUAGGGGUCGAACCUACGACCUUCUGCUUAGGAAACAGACGCUCUAUCCACUGAGCUACAAGCGCUUGUUGGGAAUAGCGAGCAAAAGAAAUUGAUGAAUUAAUAUUUAUAAAAAAAAAUGUGUAUAUCCCGCCUGUUCUAGCUUUGGAUGAAAAUUUCGAAAACACGGUUUGGAAAUGGAAUUUGCAUAGAGGAAUAAGACGAUGGCGGAGGAUCCGAUUUCCAGCUUCUGCAACGCAUUGGCAACUUUCUGCAACCACCUUCACUCCUCUUCCGACGCCCUCAGACAAUCCAUCGAUCGCCGACCUAUUCCUCUCGAUUCCGCGUCGUCGACCUUCGUGCAAUGCCUCAAUCGCCACGUAUCCACCGCCAGCGCCGACCUCGACAUGCUCCACUCCAUGUCCUUCGGCACCGUCUCUUUCGAAGAGCUCCUAGGUCACUGCAACGAACUGUACAAGAAGAACAACGCCGAUCUAUUUGAACUCGAAGAUCGUCUCAAAAGCUACGGCUACGUUCCUGUUCCGGAUAUUGAGGAGGAAGAUGAAGCUGAGGAUAUACAACAGCAAGAUCUGGAAGACAGAUUGGAUAGUCUAUCUUCUUUCUACGGAUCACUCUCUGUAGCCGAUUCUAGCCUCAAAAAUUUCGAAGAAGAUGUUUUACUUGAUGAAUCUUUGAGUUUGAAAAACCUUGGGCUGUCAGAUGCAUGUCUAGCCACAUUAGCAUCCGAAGGUGAUUUGUCACCACCAGAACCUGAGAAAGUGCGAGAAAUUAAGCAGCAACAUCAACCAGUUGAGGACAUAAUGGUGUCAUCUGAAGAAAAAUCAGACAAGGAGAAUCCAAAGUCAGUUGAAAUUCCCAGCCCUAUCUUAAAGAUAUCGAAGAGCGAAUUUGAAUGUCUUCCUGGCUACAUGAAGGGUUUAGCAUCAUGGGAGGAUCUACUGGUAGCUGUUGAUAAGAUUAAUUCAAGCCUAAGCAAGAAUACCAAUGGAUGCAGCUACUUCCACCAAGAUGAAAUUACUUCAUUUGAAUUAGGUCCUAAAACAAGAUCUUAUUUGCUGCUUUUAGUGCGCAUGAACCGGUUGGUCGUUGAGACGAUUGAUGGUUUACUAUCAUACAGAGUAUUGUAGAUACAAGAACCAAUGGAGAACUAUGUUUUUCAUCUUCUAGUUCACCUUUUUCGUCGUCAUUCAUAUUCCAAGAAGCACGGAGUCGAAGCACGAACACAGCACAUAACUAAAUAUAUAGUGUCUUUGUUUUUGUUUGAAGCGUUCGGUGUUCUGACAUCCGGUGCAUUUAAAAUUCUGUGUUCCAUUCCCUCCUGUUUGUAUUGGUAAAGAUUGGAAUAAACUAUCAAUUUGUUCCAAAACUAUUAGGCUGGUUUGUUUGAAAAAAAAAGUGUAUAAAAAAUGAAUUUUUUUAUGUA